UUGUAAAAAAAAAAAUCCGAUAUAUUGAGAUCAGGUGCUUUUUGAUCGCGUGGUUUACACGAAUGAGUAGCGAGAUCGCAUCCAUUCAGCAUCAAUCAUCCCUACGACUUCGUUCGUGCUUCCUCCACCUUGAUCCAAACCAUUUAUGCAAAUUCUUCAACUCUUUCUUCUACUCAUUCCUAAUCAAUCCAAUCUCUUUCGUUCCUCCUUCACCACUUCUCAACUGAACAAGGUCACAAUCUCUUCAGAUCCGUCUCUCAAGUGAUCGAUUUCAUCAUUUUUCUGGAUUUGUUGUUCCGUUUUCACUUUCUCUCUUUUUAGAGAGAUGCGUAACUAUGUGGUGUUAAUUUCAUUUUCUGAUAUCGGCGUGAUUCUCACGUGACAUGGAUUUAGGAACGAAGAAAUUUGAGACAGUCGUUUUGAAAAAUCGGUGGUUGAAUCUAUUUGACGGAACUUGAUCAGUUUGUGUGUAUAUGUGUGUGUGUGUGUAUUUUUGAGUUUGAAUUUGUAGUUGUUUGUUAUUGUUAAAAAGUUCUGGAGGGUUUGGAAAUCAUGUUCUGGAGGGAACGUGAGAGGGAGAAUAAGGAACACAACGGUGGCGUGCUUUGUGGCCAAGUCCGAGUGCUCGUUGUUGGUGAUUCAGGUGUUGGAAAGUCUUCUUUAGUUCACCUUAUUGUUAAAGGUUCUCCCGUCGCUCGCCCUUCUCAGACAAUUGGUUGUACAGUAGAUGUGAAGCACACAACUUAUGGAAAUUCUGGCAGCUCUUCCAGUAGCCUCAAAGGUGAUUCUGAGAGGGAUUUCUUUGUUGAACUGUGGGAUGUCUCAGGACAUGAACGUUACAAAGAUUGUCGAUCUCUCUUCUAUUCACAGAUUAAUGGUGUAAUUUUUGUUCACGAUCUUUCACAGAGAAGAACGAAGACUAGCUUGCAGAAAUGGGCAGCUGAGAUUGCUGCAACUGGAACAUUUUCAGCUCCUUUGGGAUCUGGUGGCCCUGGUGGCCUUCCUGUUCCGUAUAUUGUUAUUGGUAACAAAGUUGAUAUUGCUGCAAAAGAGGGUACAAGAGGAAGCAGUGGGAAUCUUGUUGACGUUGCACGCCAGUGGGUUGAGAAGCAGGGUUUGCUUCCAUCCAGCGAGGAGCUUCCACUGACUGAGAGUUUUCCUGGUGGUGGAGGCCUUGUUGCAGCAGCAAAAGAUGCAAGAUAUGAUAAGGAGGCUGUAAUUAAAUUUUUUCGCAUGUUGAUUAGGAGAAGAUAUUUCUCAGAUGAAAUACCUGCACCUGCAUGGUCCAUUCCUUCACCUCAGAGAUCUUCUCAACGUAUAGAUGAAAGUUUUAUUGAAGAUGAUCAGUCUUAUAAUACAAGUCAAAGCAGUGAUCCGUACAAGUAUAACAUGCUUCCCCCACUUCCGGCUCAACGCAAUUUAACUCCACCACCCACACUCUAUCCUCAACAGCCAGUUUCAGUCUCAGAAAGCUACAGUUUCCCUAGAUUUUCUUUGUCUGGUUCCUCAGAAAUGAGUACUUCAGCUAGAACAAAGCGCUCGGAUAUUAAUGUCUGAAGAUCUUUUGUAUUUGGUAAUUGGUCAGUUCUAUUAUUACACUGAUGUAUUCUUGCACAGUUGCCUGGAACAAAUUUAUAUAUUUGCUUUGAUUCUUUGUUCCAUUUGUAACCUGUCAACGGAUUCAUUAAUUUUUUAGAGGCUUUCUCAGUGGGAAAAGGAGCUACUUGUUCAAAGUUUGGGGAGAAUUUAAAUGAUAUAUGGUCUAUUCUUUUAUAUCA